AUGAAGUUCAGUAAAAACAUCGCUGCGCAGGCGAGCGAGAGAGAGAGAGAAGAGACGGGAGGGUCCUCCUUCAUUUCCCGAGAGAGAGAGAGAGAGAGUACUUCUUCAUUUCCUUCAGAUCUCACUUUCGACAAACCCUAAUAGAGAACAGGGAUUUUUCCAAUCUCCGGAGCCAUGAUUUCCUCCAGCAAGCUCAAAGCUGUCGAUUUCUAUAGGAAAAUUCCUAGAGAUUUAACUGAGGCUUCGCUAUCUGGAGCAGGAUUGUCCAUAAUAGCGGCGCUUUCUAUGGUGUUUUUGUUCGGAAUGGAAUUGAAUGAUUACAUGACUGUAAAUACAUCUACAGCUGUAGUUGUUGAUAGAAGUCCUGACGGUGAGUUCCUGAGGAUUGACUUCAACAUAAGUUUUCCUUCACUUUCCUGUGAGUUUGCAUCGGUAGAUGUGAGCGACAUAUUGGGCACAAACAGGCUAAACAUUACAAAAACUAUUCGAAAGUUUUCAAUAGAUCCAAAUUUAAAGCCAACUGGAUCUGAAUAUCAUCCUGGACCAAUCCCCACAGUUAGCAAGCAUGGGGAUGACUUUGAAGAAGAAAGCGGUGAUGGUUCAGUUUUAAUAACUACUGCCAGUUUUGACCAAUAUGCUCAUCAAUAUGCUAUUCUCGCUGUCAACUUCUAUGCGCCAUGGUGUUAUUGGAGCAAUCGCUUGAGACCAGCAUGGGAGAGGACAGCUAAAAUCAUAAGGGAAAGAUAUGAUCCUGAAGUGGAUGGGCGGAUUCUUAUGGGGAAGGUGGACUGUACUGAACAAAUUAAUCUAUGUAGGAGGCAUCACAUCCAAGGCUACCCAUCUAUCCGCAUUUUUCGUAAAGGAAGUGAUGUUAGGGAAGAUCAUGGACAUCACGAGCAUGAAUCUUAUUAUGGAGAGAGGGAUACAGAUAGCUUGGUUGCGGCAAUGGAAACACUAGUAGCUAGUAUUCCAAAAGUGUUUCGUGAGCUGGCAUUGGAGGACAAAUCUGAAGCACAGAAUGAUUCCGUAAAACGCCCUGCACCAUCAACAAGUGGAUGCAGAGUAGAAGGUUUCGUACGUGUUAAGAAGGUCCCUGGUAACCUAAUAAUCUCAGCACGUUCUGGUGCACACUCUUUUGACGCAUCUCUAAUGAAUGUCUCGCAUGUUAUUUCUCAUUUUUCAUUUGGAAAGAAGCUCUCUCAAAGGAUGCAUUCUGAAAUGAAGCGGCUUACCCCACUUCUUGGUGGAAGCUAUGAUCGACUAGCUGAUAAAUCUUACAUAAUUAGUCAUGAUGACAAUAAAGCAAAUGUCACUAUUGAGCAUUACCUUCAACUGGUAAAGACUGAGAUUGUCACAAGAAAGUCCUCCAAGGAGCUGAAGCUGUUCGAAGAGUACGAGUACACAGCUCAUAGCAGUUUGGUGCACAGUCUGGACAUUCCUGUUUCCAAGUUCCACUUUGAGCCUUCUCCCAUGCAAGUCUUAGUAACUGAAAUUCCAAAAUCCUUCUCACAUUUUAUCACCAAUCUAUGCGCAAUUACUGGAGGAGUUUUCACGGUUGCUGGGAUACUGGAUUCAAUCUUGCACAAUACAAUGAGAAUUGUGAAGAAAGUUGAACUAGGCAAGCAAUUUUGAUAAUCCAAAUUCAAAUUUUUGGUCUCAAUAGCAGUGUCGGCUUCUCUAACUGACCUUCUUAAGAGCAGGAGUUUUCUGACCGUUAAACUGGACAAGGUAAAUCUUUAUUAUUGAACAGAGCAUUUAUUUAGGCUUUGAAAAGCUUGUAUAAAAAUUUCACCUUAGAUAAUUGCAUUGAAAUAUUUGUAAGAUGAAAAACAGAGUUAUGUUACGUAAAGUUGGUGAUUUGAGAAUGAGAUCAAUACAAGCCAUGUUGUUUUUUUUUUUCUUUCUCCUCUGCUGCCCUUUGUCUAAGGAAAAACCUGUUAAAGAAACAAUACUUAGUGAAAAGAGAGGUGCAUUUGUUGCA